CAAUUAUUUAAAUUGAUUUUAUCAUAGUUUAUGGAUUUAAUGCUCGACUAAUAGAUUGCUUAAGUAGAGAAGGUAGAAGAAUAAGUUUCUAGCUCUUCAGCUUGUUCUCAUGACUCUGAUUCCUCAUUUGAUUUAGAAAAUAAAGCCCAUAAUAAAUCACUUCUAAAAAAACUAACAAAUGAGUAAAACGUAGCUGAUUAAAAAAGAAAUGGUAGAUAUUUUUAUUUAUGUUUUAGGUAAGUUUGGCUUAAAAUAUGCGAAAAUUUCGAAUAGGCAAAGACAAGCUUUGAUUGAAAGAGUGACUUCUACUGGUUGUACGAUUAAAAGUGCUGCCAAAGACUUAAAUAUCAACUUUUCAACAGCCAAAGCUAUAAUGCAAAUAUUUAGAAGAGAAGGAAGAAUAACAAAAAAAAUAGUCAGAGAAAUAAAAUAGAAAACCAAGAAUUUAGGAUAAAAUAGUGAAUGUAUUAAUAUUUAUAUUAAUUUUAGAGAUCGCUUAACAAAAAUCUUAAUUUGAUGAUAAAAAUUAAGGGUUAGUUAAAGUCGAGGCAAUUUAGGACAAUAAUAACGAGACAAAAUUAUAUUAAUAGGCUGAAGAGGCUAAUAGACACUAGGCUUUAAUCAUCCAAUAACUGAAUGCUUAAGUACUUUAUUGUUUUAUAUUCUUAGAAUUUAUAUCUGUAAAGUAGAGUUAAUCAAUUAUAAUAAGAUAAAUUAUAAAUAAAUUCAAAAUAUGAAAUAUUGGUAAUGUAAUAUCAUUAAUUAUAAUAAAUGGUAAAUUAAUUGUAUAUUGAUAGGCUCAAUAAUUCCUUUAGCCCUGUAUGUAUUAAUAUCCUACAAUUUCCCAAUGA